AACACCUGUUAAUUUCAAAAACCUCCUCCUUCUCCAGCACCACCACCACCACCAUGCACAAUAACAAACACCAACCGCCGCCGAUGACACUUCCAUAUACCUCUAACGCCACCGCGACAACCACCACCUCAAAAGACAACACCAAACCCACUCUUUACAUAAUAUUAUUCACCGCCAUCUUUUCCCUCCUCUUUAUCCUCUCCCUCCCUUCCACUACCUCCUCCCGAGCCCUAAUCGCAACCCGACCCGAUUCUGCUCUCUUCCCGAACCGACCCAUAUCCCAAACCGGGAUCUCCUCCGCACCCACCCCUCCUUCCAUUGCUUACUUCAUAUCGGGUUCCUCCGGCGACGCGGCUCGGAUUCUCCGGCUACUCUUCGCUUCAUAUCACCCGAAAAACCAUUACCUCCUUCAUCUUGAUCUGUCUGCUACGCAGACGGAGCGUGACCGAUUGGCCAUCACGGUACAAACAGUACCCAUAUUUAAAGCUGCCAAAAACGUCGACGUUAUUGGGAAAUCAGAUUAUGCUUACCCGAGAGGGCCAUCCUCAAUCUCUUCUACUCUUCACGGUGCCUCCAUUUUGCUACGGUUAGCUUCUAAUUGGGAUUGGUUUAUCUCCCUCAAUGCCGGUGAUUACCCGCUUGCUACUCAAGAUGAUCUUCUUCACAUUUUGUCUUACUUGCCGAAAGAUUUCAACUUUGUGAAUCACACAAGUUACAUUGGCUGGAAAGAGUCGAAGCGAUUGAAGCCGAUAAUCGUUGAUACGGGGCUUUAUCUUUUGGAAAAGGAAGAGAUAUUUUAUGCUACUCAGAAGCGGGAAUUGCCAAAUGCUUUCAGGUUGUUUACAGGUUCAUCAUUUACGAUGUUAACCCGAAGUUUCGUUGAGUCCUGCAUCCUUGGUACCAACAAUCUUCCUAGGACUUUGCUGAUGUAUUUUGCCAAUAUGCUUUAUUCCCACGCCAAUUAUUUCCCUACCAUCCUCUGUAACUCUGACCGGUUCAAGAACACUGUGAUAAACCAUGACCUACAGUAUGUAGCCUUCAACAAAACCUUUUCAAAGAAGCCUCCCCCUAUGAAGCCUGAAGAAUUUGAUGCUAUGAUUCAGAGUGGAGCUGCAUUUGCAGCACAGUUCCAAUUUAACAGUCCAGUACUUGAUCGGAUCGAUCAAGAAAUUUUGAAACGCGGCCCUGGAGAAGUUGUACCAGGUGGAUGGUGCUUAGGUGAGGGCAAUGACACAUGUUCAGUUUGGGGGGAUGCCGAUAUCCUGAGGCCUGGUCCAGGAGCAAAAAGGCUCGAAAAACGAAUGGUCAAAUUACUUUCAGACGACAAGUAUCUAUCCCAGCAAUGUGUAGAUGAAUGAACAAAUGGAUCAAUCAACAUGAAGAUGCUUGAAAUUGAGGAAUCAAUACGUUAUUGAUGCUGAUCUCUCUUAACACGGUCUUCGCAAUAUUUUCGGAGUAAACUUUUAUUGAGCACCUAGUUGUACCAUGAUGGUUGUAAAGUAAAUCAAGAUUCAUUUGUUAUUCAACUCUUGACAAUUUGUUUGUCAGCUUGGAAUGUAGUGUCUAUGAAAUAUUCAAAGUUUUUA